ACUUUGAAAGUCAAGCGGUCGUGACCGUAAAUACAGAAAAUAUAUAACUGUUUCUGGCGCCCUCUCGCGGACAUUAUUAGUUACUACAGCGCACUGUGCGCCAACAUGGCGGCGCCCUCUCGACUCAUAUCCAGACUGACAUUAGUGACGGGAGGUGGCAGUGGCAUAGGCAGGGCUGUGUGUCAGAGGUUUGCCUCUGAGGGAGCUUCUGUUGUAGUGGCUGACCGCAAUCAAGAAUCAGCCAAUCAGACGCUGGGCCUGCUGUCACAUGACCUCAGAGGUCAGCAGCACAUGGCUCUGAGAGUGGACGUAUCAUCAAAAGACAGUGUGGAGAAACUAGUGACCAGUAUACAGCGCCAUUACUUCCAGCCGCCUUCUGUGUGUGUGAAUGCAGCCGGGAUCACACAAGAUGAUUUCCUUCUCAAGAUGGAGGAAGAUGAUUUUGACAAAGUCAUUGAGGUUAAUCUGAAGGGCACGUUUCUCGUGACUCAGGCCAUCUCGAAGGCUUUAGUUUCUGCAGGAGUGGCGAAGGGCUCCAUCAUCACUGUGGGCAGCAUCGUGGGCAAGGUUGGGAAUAUUGGUCAGGUGAAUUACUCUGCUUCUAAAGCUGGUGUGGAGGGAAUCACUCGAACCGCUGCCAAAGAGCUCAGCAAAUUUGGCAUUCGCUGUAACUGUGUCCUGCCCGGGUUCAUCGCUACACCCAUGACAGAUAAAGUGCCUGAGAAAGUCAUCAAUAAACUCACAGCCAUCAUUCCCAUGGGAAGAAUGGGAGAGCCUGCGGAAGUAGCUGAUGCAUGUGCUUUUCUGGCUUCUGAUGACAGUCGAUAUAUUACCGGAGUCAGCAUCGAAGUUGCUGGAGGACUCUUCAUCGGCUGAAAACUAAACUGCACACCAACUCCGUGCCUUCCUUCAUCUUCGUGAAGUUGUAUAAAUUACAUUUGAUUGCUGUAAAAUAUUGUAUACAAUGUAGCUAAUGGAAAUUAAAAAAAUCUAUAUUUCUACAA